UUUCCUUGACAGACUGCAGCUUCCAUGGAGGGCUCCGUGCGGCUGGGGGACUUGAAGCCCUCCCCAUCGCACAUCAAGCCCUCGCCAUCGCCGGACACUGGUGAACCUUUUCUCGCGUCCCAGCCUCCUCCAUCUCUAGGCUUGCGCGACCUGGCUAGGAUAGACGUGUGCAGCCCAGCAGUGUCUAGUCGGACGCUACCUCCAUGCCCCGUAGCAGAUGUGUCUAGGCCAGCGCCGCCAGGCCAGAUGACGCCUCCAUGCCCCGCGUCCGUCCUGCCUACUCUAGCAGCACCACAUCGAGGCCCCAAACCAAACACCGAAAGUUGUUUCCGCUAUGAUGUUCCUCGACCAAUGAAGUGGAUUCCAACCGGGAUGGAUCCAAAUUCAGCCUGUAGAGUUAUUGUUAAGGUUCCUGCAUAUGUAGAAUUGCCAUAUCAGGAGUACCAUGUAACUGAAAAUCUGAAGUUCGUGGUGGAUAAAGAUACUACAAAUUGGAUGGAUUUUUUGGCAGACCUAAAGUUAAAGAUUAAGCAUGGCAAGGAGCAAGUGUUGCAUGUAUCUUUUAUGGAUAAAAAUAGUCAAGUGCAUUAUGAUGUCAAGUAUCAUGAGUCAUCUCAAUGAGAAAAGCAGGAAUUUGCAUUAUGAUGUUGAGUCUAGUAGCAACACAAUUGCUGAAGUAAGUGGUAAGGAUAUUUCGGGACAUUUUAGACAUAUAGUUGAUCUAGCUGCAUGGACUUGCACAUGUAGAAGAUGGCAAGUAACUGGAUUGCCUUGUUUUCAUGCUAUUGCUUUCAUCACUUCACUUCCAAACAACAAAAUUGCUGAUUUUGUACACCCAUACUACACUGUUGAAAAGUUCAAGUUGUCCUAUGCUGGAGUCAUUCCACCACUUACUGACCAAGCUCAUUGGCCCAAAGUGAAUCUUGGAUUUAGGCUACACCCACCCAUCCUAAGGAGAACUGCAGGGAGGCCAAAAAUACAAAGAUACAAAGGAAGUCAUGAGGGGGUAAAAAGAGGGCACCAUCAAAAUGCUCUAUAUGCCAAGGUACAGGUCAUCGUUGGAGAACAUGCAAAAGAGGCCAACCUGAUGUAGACGAUGAACCAAAGAAGAAGAGGAGGAGAAACAAGAAGACAUCAAGUGUUGCUGUCUCAAAUCAAUUGGAGGGUGGGACAUCAAAUGUUGCUGAAUCUAAUCAGUUACAAGUUGUUGAAUCGAAUGUAGAUGCCUCCAAUACGUUAGAGGGUGCUUGAUGCGUCAAGAGUCCAAUAUGUGUUGAGUGUCUGCAUUUUAUUUUGCUCCAAAAUUGGUCAAUGGAAGGGAUGUGGCAGAAUUAAAAGUCUUGUUGGGUGUACUGAAUUUUAUUUUGCUCCAAAACUGCUUCAUGGAAGGAAUGUGCUAAGCUCUA